AUGUCUACUUCUGCAAUUUCGAACUACUUCUCUUCGGUCAAAAACUUGGACACCGAGAAUCUUAUUAUUUUUUUGCGCGAACAAAACUUAAACCUUGAUGAGGACGAUUUUAGAAUUCUUCACAAACAGAAGAUGGAUGGUCAAAUCUUCUUGGAAAUGACCAAAGAAAAGUUCAUGGAAGAUGGAAUGAAACCGAAGUCUGCUAUAAAACUUGAAAAUCAAGCGAAAGUUUUCAAAAAGGGCAGAAUCGAAUACUUUUGGCUCUUUUCAUGUGAUGUAUGGUCUAAACAGCAUUUUACAGUAUAUCCUGGUCCACCAAUAUUUUUGGCCCUGUCUAGAGAAAUGUAG